UAAUGACUGAAACAAUUGAGAAUCUUCGUGAUUUCAAUUAUUACUAACUUUCUCCAGAUGUUAAUAAAAAGUAUGUACUAGCUGAAUAUAUUUGGAUUGAUGGUACAGGAGAAUAGUUAAGAUCAAAGACGAAGGUAUUUUGCAUAUCUAUAAAAAUAAAGGUUUAUUUGAAUCCUAUAAAAACUUUAGAGGAUUUAGAAUGGUGGACUUAUGAUGGUUCAUCUACUGAUUAAGCAGUGACCAGAUUUUCUGAAAUUUAUCUUAAACCUGUCCGAAUGGUCAAGGAUCCAUUUAGAGGAGAUCCACAUCUAUUAGUACUUUGUGAAACAUAUUUGCCUGAUAAAAAGACUCCAGCUAGAUUUAAUUUUAGGUAUUAAAAUCAUAUAUGUAUAAGGUGGAUUUCUAAUUUAAUUAUGGAACAAGCUAAAGAUUAAAAACCAUGGUUUGGUAUAGAAUAAGAAUAUUUUUUAUUAAAAAGAACAGGCACCACACAUUUAUGGCCCUUAGGUUGGCCAAAUGGUGGGUUCCCAUAUCCAUAAGGGAGAUAUUAUUGUUCUAUUGGAGAAAGAAAUAAUUUUGGUAGAGCAUUGGCAGAGGCUCAUCUUCGUGCAUGCCUUAAUGCAGGUAUUAAAAUAGCAGGAUUGAAUGCUGAAGUUGCACCAUCAUAGUGGGAAUUUUAGAUUGGAAUUGCUGAAGGGAUUGAAAUUGGUGAUCACAUGUGGUUGGCAAGAUAUAUAUUGGAAAGAAUAGGUGAGGAAUUUGGAAUUGAUAUAAAUUAUGAUCCUAAACCUAUUUUAGGAGAUUGGAAUGGAAGUGGAGCUCAUUGCAAUUACUCUACUUUAACUACUAGAUAAGAGGGAGGAUAUCGAUACAUAGUUGAUAAAUUAAUGCCUAUUCUUAAAGAAAAUCAUAUUGAUAUGAUUAAGUUAUAUGGAUAAAAAAAUGAAUUAAGAUUAACAGGAAAACAUGAAACAGGCAAAUAUGAUGUAUUUACAUGGGGAGAUGGCGCAAGGGGAUGUUCUGUCAGAGUUCCAAUAAUCACAAAAGAAUAAGGAUAAGGGUAAUUGUUAUUUUGAUUAUUUAGGUAUUUCGAGGACCGAAGACCAGCUGCAAAUAUUGAUCCAUAUUUGGUUUCAGCAGCCUUAGUUGAUGUUACUUGCCUGAAUGGACAGCAUUUAAAAGAGUUAAUUUAAAUAUUUGAAAACUCAAUUAAACCUUUGGGAUAAUCAUGA